AUGGUAUCAUCAUCUUCAUCAGGUAGCGAUUGUUCCAUUGAUGGAGCACUUGGGAGCUAUGGUUUCAGCAUUUACUGUAAUACCACUUAUGAUCCUCCAAAACCCUUCUUGGUAUCGGGCAGAGGUAAAUAUGAACAGUUCUAUGCUUUAAUGGGUGGAACUGUGGAAUGGGACCUUGAAAUUCUAAGUAUCGACGAGUCAGAAAUUCGGCUCAAAACAUGGCAAACCACCAUAUGUUUUGAUAAAUUUGGUACUUUGCUAACAUCUUUCAAGCGCUUUGUGUUUGUCGAUUUCACUAGGAGUCCGUUCACAUUUUCCAAUACCAAAAACAGAGUCUUCGCGGUCGGCUGUGAUACAUCUGGUUUUAUCUUUAUGAAUGAUCAUGUCAGAAAUUAUACAAGACAAUGUGAUUCAGUAUGUGAUAGCAGGGAAAAUGUGUUAGAUCAAGCAGGUUCUUGCACUGGUAGUGGGUGUUGCCAAAUUGAAUUCCCCAAGGGUCAAACACAAUUUUCAGGAAUAGGGAUGAGCUCAUUCAAUCACACUCAGGUGUGGACUUUCAAUCCUUGUAGUUCAAUAUUUAUGGCUGAGAAGGAUCAUUACAAGUUCAAUCCUGCAACUGAUCUUCUAAACCCUCCAAGAAACAUUUCCCUAAUCUAUAAGGAAGGGAAUAAAGACGUGCCAAUACCUGUUGUGCUUAAUUGGGCAAUAGGGAAUAAGACAUGCGAAGAAGCUCAAAAAAACCUGGCCACUUUUGUAUGUCAUCAGGAAUACAACAGUUCCUGCAUCAAUUCUGACAAUGGUCUUGGAUAUCGUUGCACUUGCAAUAAAGGUUACGAGGGGAACCCUUAUUUCAGUCCUGGAUGUCAAGACGUGAAUGAGUGUGAAGAUCCAAAAAACAACCCCUGUGAAGGGGAUUGCACAAAUGUUGUUGGGAGUUAUGGUUGUACAUGUCCAAAAGGCAGUUCUGGAGAUGGAAGGAAAGAUGGAAAUGGUUGCACACCCAACAAAGAAUUUCCUAUCAUAAAAGUUGCUGUUGGUACCGGGGUAGCCUUCCUGUCUUUAAUUAUUGUCAGUUCUUGGUUAUUUCUAGCCAUAAGGAAAAGAAAGUUAGCCAAGCUCAAAGAUAAAUUCUUUCUACAGAAUGGUGGUUUACAACUACAAAAACAAAUAUGCUCACAUGAAAAUGGCGUGCAAUCAACGCAGAUAUUUACAGCAAAAGAGCUAGAAAAAGCUACUAACAAUUACGACAAGAAUCUAAUACUCGGACGAGGAGGCUUUGGUACAGUUUACAAGGGAACUUUAUCUGAUAAUCGGGUAGUUGCUAUUAAGAAGUCCAAAAUAGUUGACCAAAGCCAGAUUGAGCAAUUCAUCAAUGAGGUUGUCAUUCUAACUCAAGUCCACCAUCGAAACGUGGUAAAACUAUUGGGAUGUUGUUUGGAAACUGAAGUCCCGCUGCUUGUGUAUGAAUAUGUUUCCAAUGGCCCACUCUCCCAUCAUCUCUAUCACAAGGUUAAUGGAUUUUCUUCUAUUUCUUGGGAAGGUCGUUUGAGGAUUGCAGCUGAAACUGCCUCAGCACUUGGAUAUUUGCAUUCUGCUGCCGGUGUACCGGUUAUCCACCGAGAUAUGAAGUCGGCCAACAUCCUUUUGGACGAAAAUUACACAGCGAAAGUAUCAGAUUUUGGAGCAUCAAUGUUGGUUCCUCUUGACCAAACCCAAGUGACCACAUUAGUACAAGGCACGAUUGGAUAUCUGGAUCCAGAGUACUUUCUAACCAGCCAAUUGACAGAGAAAAGUGAUGUUUACAGUUUUGGUGUUGUUCUUGUUGAGCUUUUAACAGGAGAAAAACCAUUACUUCUUGAUAGAUCUGAAGAACAACGAAAUUUUACUACGUAUUACAUAUCAUCAUUGGGAGAUAGAAGAAUGUUCGAGCUUCUUGAUGCUCGAGUUUUGAAUGAGGGACAGGAAGAUCAAAUUCUUAUAGUAGCAAAGCUCGCAGAAAGAUGUCUAAACAUGGAAGGUAAAAAUAGGCCUACGAUGGUUGAAGUAGCAGCGGAGCUAGAAGGUUUGAGGAGGAUGCUAGAUAUACAGACACCUGGGAUUAAUUAUCGUCAUCCAAAUCAUGGUGAUGGUAAUGAGAAAACUAACGAACUUGAGGCAGGUGAUCUUUACCCUGUGCCAUUAACUGCUGAUCCGUAUAUGGAGACAAAUAUGACUAUGUCUAUGAACAUCCCACCGUGAGUGUACUUAUAUUUGUCAGUUGUGGAUGAUAUGUAAUAAUUCAAAUGGGUACGU